AGCUCAAGAGACCUCGUCUGAUAUGUUGCGGCACAUCGUGGCCUGCCCGCCCCAGCUCGCGUGAUCAUUCUCGCGGAUUGUGCCCAUUGUUUUUCCCAUCUAUUUUUGCGCGUUUGUAUGGAUGUUUGCCAGGUGUUUCCCGUAGGAUCUUCGAGAUCUUCCUAUUCUGUCAUCCCGUCUUUCUAGAGAGGCCGUUUGAUGACGACUCGAGACCCCAUGGAACUUAAUUUUGUCGCAUCGACUUCGGUCUUGCUAGGGCUUCUUUUUUCCUCGAGCCCGUCUUUCCAGUUGUUCUCAUGAAGACGUCGAACGCAAAUUGACGGAAACGCAUGGGAAGAUUUAACGUCACUAGCAGGUAUAAAAAGCAUCGUGUGGUCAUGGUCAAGAGCAGCGACGCUUCCCUUGUUCGUUCUUGGACUGCAUCACUUCGAUGACUAUCAAAACCUCUUUUGUCGCCUCUCUUCUCUUCGCCGCGUCUGCGUUCGCGCAAUGCGGUAACCUCCCGUCGGAUGUCUCUCUCACACCCGAUAGCAUGCUCCCCGAUCCCUUCACCUUCCUCAACGGAACCGCCGUAACCACCGCCGACGAAUUCACCUGUCGUCAAGCCGAGAUCAGCGCUCUUUUCCAACGUUUCGAGCUCGGUGAACUCCCACCUCGUCCCGAAUCCGUCGUCGGCACCCUCUCCGGAAAUACUCUCACCAUCAACGUUUCCCACGGCGGAAAAUCGAUCUCUUUCAACGUCGGGAUUCAGACGCCUUCUGGCUCCGGUCCUUUCCCCGCUCUCAUCGUUUUUGGAGGAUUCCUUAGCCUUCCUCAACCUUCGGGUGUGGCGAUUCUUUCGUUUAACAAUGACGAUAUCGCGGCACAGAAUGAUGGAUCGUCGCGUGGACAAGGCAAGUUCUUUACGCUUUAUGGAUCGAAUCAUUCGGCUGGGGCUAUGAUGGCUUGGGCUUGGGGUGUUGCGAGGAUUAUGGAUGCGUUGGAACAGGUCAAUACGAACAUCAACCUUGAGAGGGUUGGUGUUACGGGUUGUUCGAGGAACGGGAAGGGUGCUCUUGUUGCUGGGGCUUUCGAACCGAGGAUCGCGUUGACGAUCCCUCAGGAAUCGGGGAGUGGUGGUGCGGGAUGUUGGAGGAUUUCCGAUUCGAUGUUGGCUAAUGGGAUCGACACGCAAACGGCUAGCGAGAUCGUUCAGGAGAACGUUUGGUUCUCUACUGCAUUCAACACUUUUGCUCAAUCUGGCGUCGACCCUUUGCCUUUUGAUCAUCAUAUGCUCUCGGGACUCAUCGCUCCUCGUCCGCUUCUCAUCAUUGAUAACACUGGGAUUGAUUGGUUGGGUCCCGAGUCGGUUUGGGGUUGUCAGAAGACGGCGAACUUGGUUUGGCAGGGACUUGGUGUAGGUGAUUUCAUGGGUGUUUCGCAGGUGGGGAACCAUGCGCAUUGUGCGUUCCCCAGUCAGGAGCAGCCGGAUUUGAAUGCGUUCGUGAAUAGGUUCUUGAAGGAUCAGAAUGCGGAUACAAAUAUCAUCAAGACGGAUGGGGCGAAUGGCCUUGGGUUUGUAGAUUCGCAGUGGAUUGAUUGGGAGGUUCCUGACCUCUCCUGAUCGUACGUUGUGGCGUGAUGUUGUAUUACCGUCCUUUGAAAAUUCGAUUUGGUGUGCUUCUCUGUCCUUUGGUGGGCAUUCUGCGAGUUCGUGAUGCCAGCAUAUUUUCUCAUACGCUUCAAGCUUCGAGUCUCGAUCGCCUCACUACACGCGUAGGGUUUAUCGUCCUACAUAGGUGCCUCCGGACGACUGUCACCGGAGAUAUCUUAGUUGUGGCGUCUUACAUCUGUGGUGGCAUCG